AUGGACUACUUGGAAACCAACUUGAGAGAAUUAGAUAAUUUUCCUUUCCUUUCCACCCUUCUCUCCGGUUCUUCAAACCCUCUGAAAUUGAUGAAACCAGAGAAUCCACCUCCUUCCACCACCACCAUCAAUGGGAAUAUUUAUUCUGUCUCUAGAUCUUCCCCACCACCACCCAAUUCUCCCAAGGCUUUGUUUCAUCACCCCAAUUCCACCAUUCACGGGUUUAACUGGAAUUCUCAUUCCCAUGAGUACAAUCCCACUCCAAAGAUAAAUCAUUUCACCACCACUGAGGCCGGUUCUUCAUCCAACCCUUUCAGCAAGAUUUCAACCACAUGCAACACCCUUAAUAAUCCCCUUGAGCCUUCACCUUAUACCCCAAAUCAUCACCACCAUGAUUUCGUGACAUCCGAUUGUAGAGAAAGCGAAUCCGGGGUAAUGCAUGGAUUUCAUGGUGGUGUUAGAGGUUUUUUGGGUUAUCAACCCCAUCAUCAAAAAAUUCUUCAUGACCAGCAGAUGGGGGCACAGAGCUGUGUGCAGCUCCCACAACUGGUCAAUUAUGGUGAAUUUGGGUCCUCAUCAGUUCCGGCGAUUCGUUUGCCUUCGGAUGAUAUGUCAUCCAACUCUAUCAUCGCAGAGAUUGAGUUUGGGAGAAGAUUCUCAGCUGAUGAGAAGAACAAAAGGUUGUGUGCGAGAAGAGCCAUUAAAAUGCUUCAGAAGAAACCUGAUAUAAUCAAGGGUCAAUGGAGUCCCGAGGAAGACAGACACUUGGUGCAAUUGGUUGGGCGGUUUGGAAUCAAGAAGUGGUCUCAAAUUGCAACUCAGCUGACAGGGAGAGUGGGAAAGCAAUGUAGAGAAAGAUGGCACAACCAUCUGCGGCCUGACAUUAGGAAAGAAAUGUGGAGUGAGGAAGAGGACAAGAUACUGAUCGAAGCCCACAAGGAAAUCGGGAAUAGAUGGUCAGAAAUCGCCAAGAUGUUGCCUGGAAGGACGGAGAACACAAUUAAGAACCACUGGAAUGCAACCAAGAGGAAGCAAAACUCAAAGAGGAAGAGCAACAAGCAGGACUCCAACAUUAACAAUUACAAUGAGAACUCCAUCUUGCAGGACUACAUCAGGAGCUUGGUCGGUACUACUGCUACUGAUACUACUGCUUCCCCUAACUCUACCGGAACAACGGAGAACAAAGCCGGGCUGUCGUCUGUGGUCUCACCUGAUCAUCAGUCUGGGAUACACAUUGAUCAGAAUAACAUUGUCGAGAGCCCAGACGCGACCAACUCUGCGAAUUGGGAUCUCAUGGGUUAUCGUCCCGAACCUAUUGACAGUGAGGCGUCCAACAUGAACAACUACAUGUGUUGUUAUGGGCUUGGUGGAUACCUGCAGCAGGGAAUGGCGAGCAGCAGCACUUCUAGGGUUAAGGAUCUGAGCUGCAACAUGGAGUAUGAACUGCCAUUUUUGCCACUGGAGACGAACAACUUUAUGCAGGGACAUGAUAACCAUGUCAAGAAAGAGCUGGAUAUUAUGGAGAUGCUCCAUUUCAAGGGAAAGGUGUGA